AUGGUUGAAAAUUGGAUUGAAAUGGUUAAUACAGAAAAUAAUUUAAAUAAUAAUGAAGCGUUAGUUGAAAAAACUAAUGAUUUUGAGGCAGGCGGUGAUAAAUUUUGUUUAAAUAAAGGAUUUUUACAUUUUAUGAUAAAUAGUACUAAGCAUUGCUAA